ACAGCUGACCUUUCUUUAUUGAUCGACGUCGCCAAUCUCCAUGACAACGCGAUAUAUUAACCCUUUUCCGACUGGUAAAUUUAAUCACGUGCCACCCACGCGGUUCUUUCGGAAGCAACUGCGCGAGCGGGCAGCAUGUCAGAGGGAGGUAUGGAGAGUGGAGAGAAGCAGGCGGUCAGCGAGGAAUACGCGGCCAAGGCAGAGACCAUGAAGAAUAAAGCCAACGAAUUCUUCAAAUCACAGCGGUACCAGGAAGCCAUAGAGUGGUACAGCAAGGCAAUUGAUCUGGACCCGUCCAUCGCCGUGUACUAUGGCAACCGCAGUUUCGCUCAUCUCAAGAUGGAGAGCUAUGGAUACGCCCUUAGCGACGCCACUACAGCCUUAGAUAUCGACAGAACGUACAUCAAGGGCUACUAUAGGAGAGCGAGUGCAAACAUGGCUCUGGGGAAGUUCAAGAAAGCUCUUACUGACUUUGAAGCUGUGAAAAAGGCACGGCCGAAAGACCAAGACGCUGUGAACAAGUACAACCAAUGCAACAAAAUUGUUCACCAACAAGCAUUCGCCAAGGCAAUCGCCGUGGAGUCCUCCAAGAAGAGUGUUGCCGAAUCAAUCAACCUGGACACAAUGGGUGGGUGUGGUCACGUGAUGUCACAUGAUUUCAUAUGAUGUCAUGUGACCUCAGUCGUGGAGGAGACGUACGAGGGACCGAGAUGGGAAGAGGGAGAGAUGGCGGUGGAAUUCAUGACUGGUCUCCUGGAUUGGCUGAAAGAAGAGAAGAAACUGCAUCGAAAGUAUGCGUACAAGAUAUUGCUGAGAUCGAAGGAGAUAUUUGAAGCGCAGCCGUCGCUGGUCGCGGUCUCAAUCCCUGACUCCAGUGACAGAUUCACUGUGUGUGGAGAUAUACACGGACAGUUUUACGAUCUUCUCAACAUCUUCACACUCAACGGGCUGCCUUCACAAGACAACCCAUAUCUGUUUAACGGAGAUUUCGUAGACAGAGGUUCGUUUUCUGUGGAGGUCAUCCUCUCGCUGCUAGGGUUCAAAGUUCUCUAUCCCGACCAUUUCUUCAUGUCUAGAGGAAACCACGAGAGUAUAAACAUGAACCAGAUGUACGGGUUUGAGGGAGAAGUGAGGGCGAAGUACUCGCAGCAGAUGUGGGAUCUGUUCACGGAGAUAUUCAACUGGCUCCCACUGGCCCACCUCCUCCAGUCCAGAGUACUGGUGACGCACGGAGGGCUGUUCAGUAGGGACGGAGUGAAGGUGUCGGAACUUGUCGACAUUGAUCGCAACAGGCAACCUCCGGAGGAAGGUUGGUACUCCACUGUACUCCGCCCUCUCCGGAGGAAGGUUGGUACUCCACUGUACUCCGCCCUCUCCGGAGGAAGGUUGGUACUCCAACGUACUCCGCCCUCUCCACUGCCAACUGCAGUGGACCACUCAUGAU